CAUUUCCAGCUUGACUGUUAGAGCUCAGAUGAGAUUUGGUUGCGAAACAGCGGCAGGCUGCUGCUCCUCUCGCCUGUCUCUCCAGCACCAGAGGACAUUUUUAACUUUUCCUCCCAUAUUUUGAAUCCCCGGGACCUGACGGAGCUUUUUCAUUGUGUACCCGGCGCAGCCUCAGAGCAACUUGCCAUGAGCAUCACACGGCUGGAGACCUAAACAGUCGGGUCUGGAAGAGAAGAUGCCUCAUGGACCGCUCCAUCACCGCCAGUGCGCCAGUUCAGGGCAUCCCAAACGCCGAAUAACAAAGAAAUGCCGAGGUUUAGCGCCAGAUGGAUGGUUGCGGUGCUGCUGAUUCUCCUGGUCGGCGGCGCUUUCUUCUUCUGCGAGUAUCUCAUUUACUUCCCGACCAUCCUCAAGUGCGCCUGGCCGAAGAUCAGCCAUGCACGGGGCGGAGAGGGCAUCGACGGCCGGCCGAUGGACUCAACAGUCCGCGCUAUGGUGCUGUCGGACACCCACCUCCUCGGAGCCGUCGGGGGACACUGGUUCGACAAGCUGAGGAGGGAAUGGCAGAUGGAGAGGGCUUUCCAGACCGCUCUGUGGCUGCUCAGGCCCGAAAUAGUCUUUAUUCUCGGGGAUAUCUUCGACGAAGGCAAGUGGAGCUCGCAGAAGCACUGGGAGGACGACGUGCGCCGCUUCCACAGGAUGUUCAGGCACUCCACUGACACAGAACUGGUUGUGCUGGUUGGAAAUCACGACAUCGGUUUCCAUUACGAGAUGGACUGGUUCAAGCUGCAGCGCUUUGAGAAGGUCUUCAACGCUUCCUCCACCCGCAUCGUCACCAAAAAGGGAGUCAAUUUUCUUCUGGUGAAUAGCGUGGCCCUGCAUGGCGACGGGUGUCCCAUCUGCCAGUCGGUGGAGAAGGAGCUGAUCAAACUCUCCAGAGACCUCAACUGUUCUCUUCAGAAUUCGCAGUCCGGCAGCGGAGCGGCGGACAGCUGUGAGGGCUCGCAGCUCUAUCCUCCCACACCCCCCAUCAUGUUACAGCACUAUCCUCUGUACAGAGUGAGCGAUGCCAGCUGCACAGGACUGGAUGCUGCACCGCCUGAAGAGCGACACCUGCUGUUCAGAGAGAAAUAUGACGUGUUGUCUAAGGAGGCCUCACAGAGACUGCUGCAGUGGUUUAAGCCCCGCCUCAUCCUGAGUGGACACACCCACAGCGGAUGUGAGGUUCUCCAUGACAACAAGUACCCAGAAAUCAGCGUGCCGUCCUUCAGCUGGAGGAACAGAAACAACCCCAGCUUCAUCCUGGCGUCGGUGUCACCCGGCAAUUACGCUUUGUCCAAGUGUUUCCUGCCGGAGGAGAGCACGGUGAUCGGCGUGUACUGCUCAGCUGGCGCCUGCAUGCUGCUGCUGUUCCUGGCUCACUGUCUGUGGAUGAAAGGCCUGCUGCAGUGCCUCAGCCUCUGCCUGCUGGGGAAGCACAAGUCUCUGUGAACUACGUUACCCACAGUGCACCAGGACAGAGCCAUGAGAGUAGAGUACACCGGACUUGGUAAAUACUUGAUGUGAGGAUUUGCAGAUGUGACGUUCCUCUUCUGAACAGGUCCAAAAAAUCUGUUCGUGAAAACUUCGAUUUGUUUGUCCAAAUGUUUCACGGCACUGUGAAGGACACGAAUAUAUGUUUUAGAUGUCUGACAAGGACUCAAAGUUUAUCACUUUUUAUUGCCUGUGAUGACAGAGCAUACAUGGGGCCAAAUUGUUACAAAUAAUCUCUGGUGUUUGUUUACCUUCCCUGGGAGUGCCAGACGGGUGGAGCACAAAUGUGAAGCUUUUCAAUCACAGCAAAGAGAAGUAACCGUCACUGACUUUACAACAGUUUCCUUUGACCGGCAGGAGUGUUAGCAAGUACACACACAUGGCAUUAAGUAAGACAAAUCAAACAAAGAGUACAUAUGUAAAUAGAAACUGUCCCUGGUCUGAUUUAAGGUGGUAAAGUCAGAUGUUGCUUUAUGUCUCUCCACUCUGAUGUUAACUGUGAUCUGAUGUAAACACAUUCGUCAUCUCACCCUGAACACCGUUUGUUUCUGUUGUUGACGUCCGAUCAUCCAUCCAGGUUCCUCGUUGUUUUUAUGAUGCAUAUGUGAAUAUAUUUAUUGCUGACUUUCUGUGCCAAAUGUUUGUGAGGGUUUUUGCCAAAUUGUUGAAACAUUUCUGAUGAGCUGUACAUAAUAAAUCAGAAUCUUAAGAAAGAGA